AUGGAAGAAAAGACACGUAUGAAGAUGGCUGCCAAUAGCUCUCGUUUUUUCGGAAGAUGGGUCGCUUCUUGGCUGGUUUUUGCCGUCGUUUCUGGUCAGGGGGGAAACUACAACCACUUAUCCUGUAGCUCAGAGUGCGAGUGGGCGGCCGUGCGCUGGGUCAACAUGGAGGCGCGCGAGGGCGUCACCAGAGCCCUCUGGCGUCCCGCUGGCUCCUCCCCCUCCCUGGCCUUCGUCCGCCUCCCCCACUGGAAGGUCUCGAGGGUCAUCAAGGCCGACGUGACAUCCAGACGUGACCUUCAUCUCGGCGACCCCUGUCAUGAGGUCAUCGUCCGCGUCAGCAUAGAAGAUGACUCCGCUGGACGACUGGCGACGACCUACACGCUGGAGAUCCCAUCCCUUGGCUUGGAGUGGUCGUCCUCCUCCUCGGGAAGAGAUGCUGGGGCGACACGAGGCGACCCCCACGACCCUCCGCUGGUCAAGUUCAUUAUGGCGAAUGACAGUUAUUGGGUCAAGGACUGUGCGGAGGUCACGUGCGAUUCGCGACACAGCAACACAAGUGGAAGACGAGCAGCCUGGUGUAAGUGGCUGCUCGUUGCAGAUCUGGUGGCCAUUGUAGCCGUGUUGCUGAUGGCGUCCCUCGUGCUGCUUGUCCUGGAGGAAAGAGACCUUCGAGGAGGAUUCUGA